AUGCACAUGCUGGACGUUGACGCCAGUGGCAAUGGGCCUUCCACAUGGAUCGCGCCGAACUUCAGCACCAAUGGGGACAUCCACCAAAUCAACCGGGCCCUGUACAACGCCGGAUGGAGCGCAGAAAGCCGCGACUACGAGGCUAUAAAAAUCGUCAAUUCCGGUCGCCAUGAUGCGGCCAGUCUCAUAAAACAAGUUGCCACCCACCUGCAAAAUGAUAUCUGGCCCACGAUCAACACGGGCACAACCCAGCAGAUGGCAGCAAGAAAUGCGAUCAAGGACAUGGCCCUAGACUCGGUCGUCGCGAACCGCCAGUUCCGGAGUGAUUCGUGGGCGUAUUGCGCCAUACCCAACCUGCAGAACAAGGGCGUGUUAUACACAACAGGGACUGUGGUGGUCGCGGGAAGGACGCUAACUUACGUCGACAUUUCGGCGAGCAGACGGCUCAAUGCGCGAGGCGUUUGGGACGCCGAGAUCAGGUCGUACAACACCGAUAAAAUAAACCUGGCCCAUUGGAACAUAAUCGGGGCGGAUUGGAAAGCUGAGAAUGUGAUACAGGGUUCAGCUCUUCGUCCUAUCGCCAAAAUCGAAACCCAUUUGAUCAUGGCCAACUCGUUUCCUCAAUUUUCUAGUCUGCCGCCUGAAAUCCAGGCUCAGAUCUGGGAAGCAGCUGUCUUUAUGGAUAAACCGCUGAUCCUCGAGGCCUACCUUGACCAACAAUACCACGAGGACCACGGUGACUGCAUUGACUAUAUGUUCUCCUCUGACACUGCCCAAUUUACCGCCCGUGGAGAACGCAUAGACAGACCCCCUCCCUGUGCGAUAACUCGUCGUCUGCUCGUCUUCCCCUGGGCAGCACCAAGUCAAAUACAGCGUCCCGCCAUUCUCGAUGUAUGCCGCGAGUCUCGCCGAAUAGCCCUUAAGUGUGGCGCCCUUUCAGAUGUCUGGCUUGAUAUCUCUCAUCAGAAACCCCGGUCUGCGUAUUUUCGUUUCGGAAUAGACGAUAUCGUCCUUUGGACUGAGCUUCGCCAAGGGUAUUCGGAGUUUCACCUUGAUCUAGAAGGCCCUCCCCCGCCUCUCGAAAACCCUCAUCAUCUCGCCCGCAUCCGCCACCUUGCUGUCGAAUGGGCUUUUUUCCACGCUCGCCAGGAUACCAACAGUCCUGAGUAUAAGCGUUUCUGGACAGGUGCGAUCCGCGAGCUUUAUACAUACUGCCCAAACCUGACAGAUCUCUACCUCUGCGUGCCUGCCGUGCGCUACGCACAGACUAUCGAUAUGUCCCAAAGUGGCCUACACUUUGCAGAGCCUCGUGAUUGUAGGAGAUGCCCUAUACGCUUUGCACCCAUGGUUCCCGAACAAACGCUCCCGGGGUGUAGUUGCUUCCCCUCCCGACCGCCCACCUGGGCCGAAAGCAAAGACGAAAUCAAUAGGGUUUUUCGUUCUAGAUGGCUGAGGUCUGUUGUGCAGACCGAGUUUUGGGAUGCUGGCAUCAAAAUUACAUUCCCGCCGCGUAUACAUGGCCGCAUCUUGUUGCGAGAGGGCUUGGAUGUUGAAGAGGUUAAGAAGAGAGUUGAAAUGCAGCAUGAAGGAGAUAGUGAGGCUGAGCUGGAGAUUGAAGAAGGAUUUGAUUUGGAGCGCCCCCUAAGCGCCCCGUAG